AUGGAUAAUAACAAUUCAGAUAAUGAAUCAAGUGAAUUUGAAGAACCACAUAUAACACCAGAAACUUUUAUAAUAUCUUUGCUUCAAGGCAAAUUAACAGCAGUAAAUCUCCGAAUAGACUAUCAAUUUAGAGGACCACCACUAGAAGGAGUUUGCCUUUAUGAUUAUGCGUUAACGAUCCAAAAAAUUCCUGCUAACCAGCAUGAACUUUCAAUAAUAUCGGAACAACAUUUAAGAAGUAUAAAUACUCAUCAAUCCUCAAAGACAUGCAUAAAGGAUAUCUAUCAGAAGACCAACGAACAACCAUACGAUCAAGAAUUCUUGGCGAUGACCGCGUAA